GGUUUUGACACCCUACAUGGUUUGUGCUCUGAGGCCUGAAUCUCCAGAGCAUUCCUUGCCUAUCUUGAGAUGCCUUUUCUCUGAUGCAUUUGCAUGUCCUCCAGGGACCUGCAGUGAGGCCGGGCCAAGGCACAGCCACCUCCCCUGGUUCCUUUUCUCCUCCAGAUUGUCGGGCUCUCGGAGGAGAGUGACCGCAGCUGAAGCGCGGGCCACCCGCUCAGAGAGGAAGGAUCCGUCGUACUACAGCAUGGCAGGCAAGAAAGUGCUCAUUGUCUAUGCGCACCAAGAGCCCCGGUCUUUCAACGGCGCGUUGAAGAACGUGGCGGUGGAUGAGUUGCGCAAGCAGGGCUGCACAGUCACUGUGUCUGACCUGUACGCCAUGGACUUUGAGCCGAGGGCCACAAGGAAAGACAUCACUGGUGCUCUCUCCAAUCCUGAGCUGUUCAAUUACGGGGUGGAAGUCUAUGAAGCCUACAAGAAGAGAUGUCUGGCCAGCGACAUCACUGAGGAGCAGAAGAAGGUUCAGGAAGCUGAUCUAGUGAUAUUUCAGUUCCCGCUGUACUGGUUCAGCGUGCCGGCCGUGCUCAAGGGCUGGAUGGACAGGGUGCUCUGCCAGGGCUUUGCCUUCGACAUCCCUGAGUUCUACGAUGCCGGUUUGCUCAAGGGUAAAUUGGCCCUCCUGUCCCUGACCACAGGAGGCACGGCCGAGAUGUACUCGAAAGCAGGAGUCAGCGGAGAUUUUCGAUACUUCCUGUGGCCGCUCCAGCACGGCGCCUUGCACUUCUGUGGAUUUAAAGUCCUGGCCGCUCAGAUCAGUUUCGCUCCUGAGAUCGCAUCAGAAGAAGAAAGAAGGGGGAUGGUGGCUGCGUGGGCCCAGAGGCUGAGGACCAUCUGGAAGGAAGAGCCCAUCUCCUGCACACCCCCGUGGUACUUCGGGCAGUAACUCUGUGCCAUGCGCACAGCAUGUGAGCAGCACACUAGGAGACCAAGCCAUGUAAAGGGAAAUGCUGUCCUGGAAUAAAAUUGCAACACAGCAAA